AUGUCAGAUAUAGAAGUGGAAGAUGGCAACAAAAGGAACAGCGAGGGACAGAUUUUGGAUCCAAAUGCCAUAAAUGCCAUCAACUGGAGUCUCGGAAUGAAAAUCUAUCAUACUGCGAUCCCUUGCUUCUUAGCCUUCUUAAUCACAUUCUCUUCCUCCGUCACAGCUCCUGCCACCACAGCGCUCAUGACCGAGUUCAACAUCAGCCGUACCGCAGCCCUCCUCCCGGGAACAUUGUACAUGAUGGGAUUGGCAUUCGGCCCAAUGAUCAUGGCUCCCCUAUCGGAGUUUAUCGGUCGUCGUUGGCUGUAUCUGGCGACCUCCUCAAGCAUAGUGGCUUUUGCUGGGGGUGCUGGAGCUGCACGCAAUUUCGCAACGCUUUUGAUCUGCCGGUUUCUCUGUGGCUUCCUGGGCUCAGCAGGAGUGGCCAUCGGUGCAGGAACCAUCCUUGAUGUUUGGGGAGUGGCCAAAGUAGGAGGGUUGGCAAGGCUUCUCUUCAUCUGCGGCCCUUUCUUAGGACCGUCUCUAGGCCCAUUGGCAGGGGCUUAUGCUAUGCACGAAUAUAAUGGCGAUUGGAGAUGGACUCAGUGGAUCAUAGCUUUGAUUGGGGCUCCAACCUGGAUUCUGAUCCUGUUCAUGAAAGAGACCUCUGACGUUCAGAUUCAACCGAGUCCUAAACACUCGGGUCGGUUUGGUACUGUGAGAUUGGCCUUGUCGACUCUCAAGGCCGCAGUGCUCCGGUCCAUGAGGAUCCUGUUUACCGAGACCAUUGCCUUCUCCAUAACUCUAUACACAGGAUAUGCCUAUGCAGUGGUCUUCAGCUAUUUUGCAAGUGCCACGUAUAUCUAUUCCAUUGACUAUGAUUUCAACGAUCGACAAGUCGGCCUUGCCUUCAUCAGUGUGGUCAUUGGUUAUUUUCUGGCCGCGGUCAUGCACAUCAUAGUUGAUGCCACGCUUUAUGCUCGGGCUGUGCAGAAAGCACCCAAUGGCCGUCCAGUCCCGGAGCACCGACUGUACUCCGGGAUGGCUGGAAGCAUUUUUCUGCCCAUUGGGCUAUUCUGGUAUGCAUGGGCUGCUCACCCAGGUGGCCACUGGGCUGCAGUUGUGGCAAGCGGAAUCCCCUUUGGACUUGGUGCUUUUGUUCUCUUUCUGUCCUCAAUAGUUUACCUUGUUGAGUCAUACGGGGCUGAAGCCGCUGCAUCGGCUCUCGCGGCAAAUGGAUCUGUUCGCUACCUCCUCGGAGCGGUAUUCCCAUUGUUCACUAUUCAGAUGUACGAGAACCUGGGCAUCCAUUGGGCCGGGAGUGUGUUUGCCUUUCUGUCUUUGGCCCUCCUUCCCAUCCCUUGGAUACUCUUCAAAUUCGGCCAUAGGCUCCGGAAGAACAGCCGUUUCAGCAAAUUUGACCAGAGGUGA